ACACCCCCAAACUUUGUUUUGGCAGAGAAACUGGUGCAUCUUGUCUGAUUUUACACACACCGUAUAAAACACACACUCAGCUUCAACUCAUCAACAAUGGCGGCCAAAGCUUUACUCCUCCCCAAAUCACUCCCUCUCCAAAACCCACCUCCAAAACCCCUCAUAAACCCUAACCCCACUCACCUCCACUUCACCACCAAACCCAAAUCCCCAAUCUCUCUCCCACCCCUCAAAUCCACCUCCAUUUCUCAACCCGACCCGCUUGUCACAACCCCACCAAAGACCCGCGUCCGCAUCCUCUCCGAAGCGCUCCCCUUCAUCCAGAAGUUUCGGAACAAGACUAUUGUGGUCAAGUACGGCGGCGCUGCCAUGAAAUCAGGUGAUCUCCAGGCUUCUGUUAUUGCUGAUCUUGUUUUGUUGUCGUGUGUUGGUAUGCGUGUUGUUUUUGUUCAUGGAGGUGGCCCGGAGAUUAAUCUUUGGCUUUCGAAGCUCGGGAUUAAGCCGAAUUUCCUUAAUGGGUUGAGGGUUACUGAUGCUUCUACUAUGGAAAUUGUGUCUAUGGUUUUGAUUGGGAAAGUUAAUAAAAUGUUGGUUAGUUUGGUUAAUAAGGCGGGAGGGACUGCGGUGGGGUUAUCGGGGAUUGAUGGGAGGUUACUGACUGCUUCCCCUGCGGUAAAUGCAGAAGAGCUGGGGUUUGUGGGGGAUAUAGCGUCCGUUGAUUCGGGUGUUAUAAGGCCUUUGAUUGAUAAUGGGUGUAUUCCGGUGAUUGCGUCUGUGGCAGCUGAUGGGAAUGGGCAAAUGUAUAAUAUUAAUGCAGAUACGGUGGCGGGGGAGUUGGCUGCGGCUUUGGGUGCGGAGAAGUUGAUAUUGUUGACGGAUGUUGUCGGGAUUUUGGAGGAUAGGAAUGAUGUAGGGAGUUUGGUGAAGGAGAUUGAUAUUAAGGGUGUUAAGAAGAUGAUGGCGGAGGGGAAGAUUGCAGGUGGGAUGAUUCCGAAGGUGAAUUGUUGUAUCAGGUCGCUUGCACAAGGGGUGAGGACUACGAGUAUUAUUGAUGGUGGGUUGGAACAUUCGUUGUUGCUUGAGAUUUUGACGGAUGAAGGGGCUGGAACUAUGAUUACUGGGUAAUAUUGUUUUAAUUUUUCUGUUUUGGAGUCGUAAAGAUUUUAUCUUUAGUCUCUGGCGUUUUGUUAUAAUUUCAAAUCAUCUAACUAGUGUUUACUGAGAUGAAGUUUACGGUGUAGUCUUGGCUGCAAUUGUUAUGUCCGGUAAUAUGAUUACCUAUAUGAGUUAUUACACGAGGCUAAUGUUUUCAUUGUAGUUGUAUAACCUUCUGUAAAAGAGCUUUGUUGUGGUAAAAGAGUAGUGCCAUUUUUUUAAUAAAUGUCCAAUUUUGAGGCCUA